AUGGCUACCGUCGCCACCAGGACCGGCCAGGAGGUCGAUCGUAACGUCCUGGACUCAAUGCUUCGCCGUCGCAUGUUCUACACCCCCUCCUUCGAGAUCUACGGUGGUGUCUCCGGUCUGUAUGACUAUGGUCCACCAGGAACUGCCCUUGUCGCCAACAUGACCGACUUGUGGCGCAAGCACUUCGUUCUUGAGGAGGAUAUGCUCGAGGUCGACACCACCAUGCUCACCCCCCCACGAGGUUCUCAAGACUAG